GGCCGCGGCGGGCCUCUGUUUCCCAGCCUCCGCCUGCGCACAGCGCGGCUCCGACCGUCGGAGUGCCACGUCCUUAGUGUGGCGGCGGCGGCGGCAGCGAGGAGGGCGGGGUGUGUGUGUGUGUGUUUGCGUGUGUGGCCGGGCGUGAGAAGCCGCCGCCGCUGGGCCUGAGCGAUGGGCUUGUCGCAGAGCGUGGAGAUCCCCGGCGGGGGCACCGAGGGCUACCACAUCCUGCGAGUGCAAGAAAAUUCACCAGGACAUAGAGCUGGACUGGAGCCAUUCUUUGAUUUUAUUGUAUCUAUUAACAAUUCAAGACUGAAUAAAGACAAUGACACCCUCAAGGACCUGUUGAAAGCCAAUGUGGAAAAACCUGUCAAGAUGCUCGUGUACAGCAGCAAAACACUGGAGCUCAGAGAGACAUCAGUAACUCCCAGCAACAUGUGGGGUGGGCAAGGUCUGCUGGGAGUGAGCAUUCGUUUUUGCAGCUUUGACGGGGCCAACGAAAACGUAUGGCACGUGCUGGAAGUUGAACCAAAUUCUCCUGCUGCGCUUGCAGGUCUUAGACCUCAUAGUGACUACAUAAUCGGCGCAGAUACUGUCAUGAAUGAGUCUGAAGACUUAUUCUCCCUUAUUGAGACACAUGAAAGCAAACCGCUGAAGCUUUAUGUGUACAACACAGAUACAGAUAAUUGUCGGGAGGUGGUGAUUACCCCAAACUCUGCAUGGGGUGGAGAAGGAAGCCUAGGUUGUGGCAUUGGUUAUGGAUACUUGCAUCGAAUACCUACGCGCCCUUUUGAAGAAGGGAAGAAAAUUUCUCUGCCAGGAAAGUUGUCUAAUACGUCGGUCAGCCCACUCAAAGAUGGUUUUACUGAAGUCCAGCUCUCUUCAGUUAAUCCCCCACCCUCCAUGCCACCUGGAACAACAGGAACGGAACAGGCUCUGGCCGGACUUUCCAUUAACUCAACAUCUACAGUCACAAAUGUGCUCAAUGCAGGUGUUCCUACAGUACCGUUAUUGCCUCCCCCAGCAAGUCAGACUCUUACUCCAGUUAACCCAGCAGUGACAUUACCAGGACUGAUGCCUUUACCGACAGGACUUCCUAAUCUGGGUAAUAUCCCAAACCUUAAUUUACCUGCCCCGCACUUAAUUCCUGGUCCUGGAUUAUCAGACAUUGGACAUCCUGGUUUGCCACCUCUUCCUUCCUUGCCUCCCAUGCCUCCAAUCAACCUCUCUGGGAUGCCACCUCUGUCGCCAGAAUUCCUUGCACAGUUUCCAUUGGUCGCGGAAGUGUCCACGCUGCCUCCCGAUUUGCUUUCCUCUGCUCCUCAAAUGGCAAGCUUCUCUGCUAAUCCUGGCACUACUGCAAGUGUGGAACAAACCUCGGCGUUUGCCCUGGAUCCUCCGGCUCCCAGCGCUGCUGCCGCCACCGCCAAGGCAUCUGCUCCUGAAGAGAGGGGAGAUGGAUCAACCACACUCAACGAGAAACCAGCAUCGUUAGCCACAGAUGCACUCACUUCUGAAUCAUCAUCAUAACUUCAAACCUUUGGAUUGGGGUUGAUGUAUUUAUUCAGCAAUGGGAUAAAUAUUUAAAAUGCAAACUACCAUUAAUUCCAUGAUAGUUUGUAUUUUGCUAUUAGGAUUCCUGUAAAUAUACGGAGAGUGAUGGAAGGAAGAGGGUCUGGGCUUUUUACAGUGUGCUUGGUGUGGGGAGGGAAGAGGGGGAGGAAGUGCUUCUAUUUAAAAGGAGGAAAAAUAUCAAGGUAGAAUAUGCAGACUUCAGCUGCCAAAAUCUGAGGUAUUUUUUUAAAUUCAGUCUGACUUCUGUAGGCCUCUUUGCUUACUCUUUCCCCUCCAAGUUUUUCUUCUGUUGGAAAUGAAGAAGCAGUUCAUGCUUGUGGCAUUUGAAUACCAUAUUUCUUGUACUUUACAAGAAUAAGAAUCUUGGUAAUACAUUGUGAGGAGGAGAAAGUGUUUACUUUUGUCCAAGUUGUACAUUUUAGCUCUAUAAACACCUUCAAACUAAAGCUGUUUUAUUAAAAAUUCAGAGUGUGA